AUGUUCAGUGAAGAAGGGUUUCACCCAUUUCGCGCAUACAGCAUCCUAAAAGGGCCUGGAGCUUUGAAAGCUUUUUUCCGAUCUUUACGACUCCCAAUUGCUGGGUUUUCUCUAGUCGCUGGCGGGGUUGCUUACGUCGGUGCUCAGGUCCAGCGAGCCUCUGAUUAUACGAAAGAUGUUUUUGAUAGAUCAUUCGAUGUUGUUAAUUCUGCUUGGGAUAAAACGAGAGAGGUAGUGAAUGAUGCUACCUCUAUCAACUUACCUGAAAUCCAUAUGCCGGGAUGGAUGGAAAAGAUCCUUCGCCUUGACGAAGAGAGUGUCGAAAACCGUCGCCAACUGCAGUUGAGGAAAAGCCAAGAAAAAGAAAGACAAUUAGGCGAAAAAGGAAAUGAGUCAGGUGGUUCUGGCAGCGAUGAUAAUUCUGAGGGUGUGGUGGUUGGUCUUGCUGGGGCCGUCGCUUCCACGUUGGCAACUGACGAAGAAAAUGAUUUUGAAAAACUGAAUGAAGAAGAAAAGCAAAAACUGGCCCAAUCAUCUAAAGAUGAUCGCAUGAUGAUUUUCACUAAGAAGAUGAUUGAAAUCCGGAAUAUUUUGCACGACAUACAAGAUGACAAUAGUUCCAUUACACUACCUAGUAUUGUUGUGAUAGGCUCACAAAGUAGCGGAAAAAGCAGUGUUCUAGAAGCGAUUGUGGGACACGAGUUUUUGCCUAAAGGUUCUAACAUGGUGACAAGAAGACCCAUUGAACUUACAUUGGUUCAUUCCAAAGAAACUACUACUCCUUACUGCGAGUUUAAUGGUGUCCAACUUGGGCACAUCACUGACUUUACUAAAGUUCAACAGGUUCUGACGGAUUUUAAUAUGGCUGUGCCUCCUCGUCAGGGUGUCGACGACAACCCGAUCCGUCUUACCAUUUGUGCUUCUCAUAUUCCUAACCUUUCACUUAUUGAUUUACCUGGCUAUAUCCAAAUCCAUUCGUCAGAUCAACCUGCUGAUUUGGAUGAUAAAAUAUCUGCUUUAUGUGACAAAUAUAUCCAAGAACCAAAUAUCAUUUUAGCUGUUUGUGCAGCCGACGUUGAUCUUGCUAACUCGACUGCUUUGAGAGCAAGCCGACGCGUAGAUCCUUUGGGCUUGCGAACAAUCGGCGUCAUAACAAAAAUGGAUUUGGUUCCCCCUGAAAAAGCUGUUUCUAUUUUACGUAACGAGCAUUAUCCUUUGCACUACGGGUAUAUUGGUGUAAUCUCCAAAGUUCCUCCAUUGAGUCUUUGGUCGCGUAAUCAAAAUUUAACCGAUAUUGUCAGUUCUCGAGAAAGAUCAUAUUUUUCGGCUCAUCCUCAGUUUCACGAUCUUCCCAUUUUGCCUAUGCUAGGAAUCCAGAAUCUUCGCAAAAACUUAAUUCAUGUGCUUGAAUAUACAAUGUCAAAGAAUUUACAGUACACAGCUGACUCCAUACGCUCAGAACUGGAUGAUUGUAACUAUCAGUAUAAAGUUCAAUAUAAUGAUCGCCUUCUAACCGCGGAGUCAUACAUUGCUGAAAAUCUUGAUGUUCUGAAAGCUGCAUUCAAGGAGUUGUCACAAAAAUUUGAUAAAAACGAAGUUCGUGCAUUGCUAAAAGAAAUCCUAAAUGAAAAAACUUUAGAUUUGUUGGCUGAAAGAUAUUGGAUGGACGAAAACAUUUUAAAUUGGACUAAACAAUCCAAGGCUACUGAUGAACAUUGGCAGUACAAACUCGAUAGUUGCGUCUCCCUGCUAACGCGUAUGGGUUUGGGUAGGGUAUCUACACUACAGGUUACAGAGCUAUUAUCAAGAAGGAUUGAAGAGAUUGCUAAACAAAGUCCUUUUGGAGAGCAUCCUGGGGCAUUGCAGUAUAUCUUAAAUGCUACUCAAGACAUUCUACGAAGAAGAUAUCACAACACCUCCGAACAAGUAGAAAAUUGUGUGAAGCCGUAUAAAUUUGAAGUUGAAAUAAAUGACGAAGAAUGGAAGGUCAGUCGUUCAGAAGCCCAAUCAAUGAUACAAAAGGAACUUAGUAUGUGUCAAAACGCGGAAGAAAAAAUAAGAAAGGCGUUAGGUUCUAAAAGAUUGUCGCAAGUACUUGAAUUUUUGAAUUCACAGGCAAAAUCUCCUGAGCCAUUACCUGUUGCUCACAGUGCCGUAGUGCUGGAUCAAGGUCGAUUAAUGCAGUAUUUGCAAAUGCGGGAAAAUAUUUUAAAGCUGCGCCUAUCUACCAUGAAGUCUAAAACGUGUAAAUCGAAAGAGUCAAAGUACCUGUGUCCUGAAGUUUUCCUUAAUGCUGUUUCCAAUAAAUUAAUUAAUACAGCUGUAUUAUUUAUAAAUAUUGAACUUCUUUCCGAGUUCUAUUAUCAGUUUCCUAGAGAGCUAGACCAACGACUUAUUCAUUCUCUUACUUCUGAACAAUUGACAUCAUUUGUGGAUGAAAAUCCUCGUCUGAAGUCUCAACUUCAGCUGCAGCGUAAAAAGCAAGGUUUGGAAUUGGCUCUACAGAAAAUUAAUUCUCUUGUGAUGCUUGAACGACAAACGGAUAAUGAAUGA